AUGAGCGACAACACAGAAUUCAUCUCUUCUUCAAUGGAAGCAAUUGAAAGAAACGAUGACUUGCUCACUCAAAUUCUUGGUCGUGUGACUCUCAGAGAUGUCAUAACUUUCAGACGUGUCUCCAAGCGUUGGCUCUCUCUCAUCUCCGCCCCUUACUUCCGCUGCUGUCACGCCAGCUUAAAACAAAGAGUCUCCGGUUUGUUCUUCGAUUUCGCCCCCGACUCUGUAUUUCACCAGGAAGUGAAAUUCUUCUACUUAGACAAGGAAACCUGCCCCUCAUAUUCUUCAUCUUCAUUCUCCCCCAAAAUCCCCGAUCUAAGUUCUUCACAGAUAAUACAAUCUUGCAACGGCUUGAUGCUGCUCCAAUCGGAAGAAGCCGUGUUUAUCUAUAACCCUACCACUGGAGACAAGAAAACCUUGCCUUCUUCCUUUCCAUCGUUUGAUUCAUCAGAUUUGCAUUACUCUCUAGCUUUUGCUUUUGAUCCCUUGCACUUUAUUGGUUAUAAGGUUAUCUGCAUUUUUGAUGGCGUGGAUUCAAAGAAUGAAUGCUUCGAAACCAUGCGCGGGUGUUCCUUCCCGCCUACCUUCCGCGUUGAAUUCGAUAUGGUGACCUAUUUCAAGGACUCAAUUUAUUGGAACGGAAGAAAAACGACACUGCGUUUUGAUCUGAAGGAAGAGUGCAUGAAGAAUGACAUGCCUCCUUUGCCGUCCAAAACUUAUUAUAGAACCGUUCUUGUGCCUACAUGCGGUCACAUGAAUUUGGCUGGAUUUGAAUCUGAUGAUGAGUUGUCUAUAUGCGUCUUCCGGUUGAAAAAAGACUAUUCUUCACCAAGGUGGGUUCACCUGCACAGCAUUGAUCUUCUACCUGUAAUUGUUCGAACUGCUUUUGAUAGAAUCACGCUUCAUGAAAAGGAGUUCUUCUGCAGUGUAAUCCAUCUCAUUGAAGAUGAUGAAGAUGGCAUGAGUUUGUUGUUGCAUGUACCGGGCACAGUUGUUGUUCUGCGGUUAAAGGAUAGAAACUCUUACUAUGUGUCGGACAUACCAACAGGCAAUGAAAUAUUACAAAAAACUUGGGGGUGGUUUAGAGCCUUUGAGUACAUCGAGAGCUUAGCCAGUGUUUAG